CGGAAUAGCUGCCUGCCUUGACCUGGCCAAGCCCAAGCAGAGCCCGGUUUGUUUACGUGGUGUAUGGCAUCCACAUCGCGCGCGGCCGACCUGGUUUGUGACGAGCAGGCUCGACCGACCGGCGAACUAUUCGAGCAGGUGUGGAUAUCUCGAAGCGGGCCAGCCGGGAGUGAUACCCCCCCUCAAACGUCACCGGAUACUGCUGUCAUGAUUAGCAUUCCACCCUCCUGGCUCACACUGAUCGUGUCCCAGACAAAAAGGUUAUGUCUCGUCUCGGGAGCUAAAUUCGGGAUUAAUUCGAAAGGAGGCCGGGAACCAUGAGAGAUGUACCUCGUCCCCUUCUGAGAGGGAAAGAUGGACAAGAAAGAAAAACACGGACGGUUGGCAAUGGAUGGCGCCGCGCCGUCUACGUACCUGACCAAAGACUGUGCGCGACACACCGCAAGGGGGAGGGCGGCUGUCAGAAGUCAAACCGCGCCGAGAGUUAUCGAUGUUGGCGUCUGCCCGACCACAAGACCGGCGCGGCGCAGCCGUCCUGGCUUGGAGCCCCCCCCCCCAACCCCAUCUCGAGGGAGAGAAGAAGAGGACACAGAGAGGGGAUGAGGAACCGGGAAACAAAGCCCGACCUCGUGCACGACAAUAAAAUCAAAAGGGAGGUCCAUUCAACAAUGGGCAACGGCAUGUGGAAAAGUCUCACAGGGUACCCAAGGCUAGGGCCACUGCAUCGCCUUGCCUUACAUGCUACCUAUGCUGCUCAUCGCAGUACGGAUACACUAGCACUGCUGCUGCGACGGAGCACAUAUGCGAAGCAUACUUGCUUGCAUCUGGGAUAUGAUGAUUGGGUCUGUAUGCCAACGGCGGUGGACGUCGGUUCCUACAGACUAGCUGAUCUCGCCCCCUCUCGCUCAACACAACGACAUGAAGACCUCCGUUUAUUGUGGCUUUGGCUGCUAUGGAACAGAGGCGAUAGCUGCUGCUGCUGCGACAAGAUCUCCCUAUCGUAGCGGUGGCGGAGCUGGAGAGGGGUUGCGAUUUUCGCCGCCGCUCCAGCCCUCAGUUCUAGUGUACGAUGUACUGUCAUCCAGGCUCAUCCUCACACCCCCCGCCCCGCAACGAAAAGAUCCGCGCACUAUUCUGUCAUACUGCGGUAUCUCCUGCAUGUACCAUGUACGGUAUCUCUUGUAUUUUAGUUUGGUAUUGUACCCGAAGCGACCCCACCUCG